AUGAGAACUCAUGCUUUCUUUGACGACGGCCGACGAAACGUGAACGGCGGGCUGGUGUUUCUGGGGCUUCUUCGAUUCCAAUUGCAGGCUAUCUAUGAUCCUGCGCUCCAUUUCCUCCCAAGGAUCAACCACUACAAACCACCUCCAACAAUGUCUUUCUUCCGCAUCACCCUUCAUCGCUCCGCCAUCGGUCUUCCCGAGCGCACACGAGGUGUCCUCGCCGCUCUAGGCCUGCGCCGUCGUAUGCAGACCGUCUUUCAUCCCGUUCACCCACAGUUCGCCGGUAUGAUCCUCAAGGUGAAGGAGCUGGUUCGUGUUGAGGAGGUAGAUCGCGCCCUGAGCAAAAGAGAAGUGAAGGCUGCACGGACGCCGGAUCCCGGGUUUUAUGUUGAAAAGGCUGUGCCAAGAAUGUAA